CCGACAAACGAGACCUGUAGAUUAGAAUGACCUCAUCAUAAAGACAAACUCCCCAAGUUUCCUCAAGACCACCUGUGCUCACAGGCCGACCCAGCAGGCAAACCGAGAAGCACAGUCUGAGAUGGAUGGCAGUAACUGCAAAGUGAUUGCUCCUCUCCUAACUCAGAGAUCCCGGAGGAUAGUCACCAAAGAUGGCCACAGCACGUUUCAAAUGGAUGGUGCUCAAAGAGGCCUUGCGUAUCUGCGAGACGCCUGGGGCAUCCUCAUGGACAUGCGCUGGCGCUGGAUGAUGCUGGUCUUCUCGGCUUCUUUUGUUGUCCACUGGCUUGUCUUUGCAGUGCUCUGGUAUGUUCUAGCGGAGAUGAAUGGUGACCUGGAACUAGAUCACGACACCCCGCCUGAUAAUCACACUAUCUGUGUCAAGUACAUCACCAGUUUCACAGCUGCAUUCUCCUUCUCCCUGGAGACACAACUCACAAUUGGUUACGGGACCAUGUUCCCCAGUGGUGACUGUCCGAGUGCAAUCGCCCUUCUGGCCAUACAAAUGCUCCUAGGACUCAUGCUAGAGGCUUUUAUUACAGGUGCCUUUGUGGCGAAGAUUGCCCGGCCCAAAAAUCGAGCUUUCUCUAUCCGCUUUACUGACUUAGCAGUCGUCACUCACAUAGACGGCAAACCUAAUUUAAUUUUCCAAGUGGCCAACACUCGGCCCAGCCCACUGACCAGUGUCCGCGUGUCGGCCAUCCUCUACCAGGAGAGGGAGAACGGCGCGCUCCACCAGACCAGCGUGGACUUUCACCUGGAGGGCAUCAGUUCUGAGGAAUGCCCCUUCUUCGUCUUCCCACUGACCUACUACCACUCCAUUGUACCGUCAAGUCCUCUGGCGACCCUGCUCCAGCACGAAGAACCUCCCCACUUUGAAUUAGUCGUGUUCCUGUCGGCAAUGCAGGAAGGCACCGGGGAGAUCUGCCAAAGGAGGACGUCUUACCUCCCCUCCGAGAUCAUGUUACAUCACUGUUUCGCAUCUCUGCUGACCCGAGGCUCCAAAGGGGAGUACCAAAUCAAAAUGGAGAACUUUGACAAGACUGUUCCUGAACUUCCAACUCCUCUGGUCUCCAAGCGCCCAAACAGGACUGACCUGGACAUCCGCAUCAAUGGGCAAAGCAUUGACAAUUUUCAGAUCUCUGAAACAGGACUCACCGAGUAAGGUCUUUGAUGGGUCCCUAUUUUGAACGUACGGCAUGUACCAGCCAGUUCUGCGGCUACCCUCCCUUCA